UCCUCCGCCUCCGCGCGGGGGAGCUCACGGUCCUGGACUGAAUGGGCGCGAGGCGAGCGCAGGGCGCGGGUGGGGGCGCGGGGCCCGCGCGAGGCAGCCGCCGGGCACCCCCUCCCUAGUAUGCGGACGAAGGCAUCGGGCGGUGCGGAGCGGCGUCCCCUGCGGCUACAAACCGAGGCGGCGGCGGCGGCGGCGGCACCUGCCGGCCGAGCUAUGCCAAAUGAAUAUAAUCCUGUAAAACCAAGAAGGGAUUGCUCAAGACCAUCCCUGCAAUGGUACACUCGAGCUCAGAACAAGAUGAGAAGGUCCAACUUGUUGUUAAAAGACAUCCUCAAAUGUAUAUUGCUUGUGUUUGGCGUGUGGAUCCUUUAUAUCCUCAAGUUAAACUAUACUACUGAAGAAUGUGACAUGAAGAGGAGGCAUUAUGUAGACCCCGACCGUAUAAAGAGAGCUCAGAAAUAUGCUCAUUCCGUCUUGCAAAAGGAAUGUCGACCCCGAUUUGCAAAGAAGUCAAUGGCGCGGCUGUUUGGGCAAGGAUACAGCAUGGACUUACCACCCUUCGUAAAGAAGACCCCCAAAGUAAAUGAAGCUGAAUGCCAGUACGACCCUCCUUUUGGAUUCCGGAAGUUCUCCAGUAAAGUCCAGACCCUGUUGGAAAUUCUGCCUGAGCAUGACUUUCCCGAACACUUGAAUAGCAAGAGUUGUAAGCGUUGUGUGGUUAUCGGAAGUGGUGGAAUACUCCAUGGACUAGAACUGGGUCAUGCCCUGAACCAGUUCGAUGUUGUGAUAAGGUUAAACAGUGCACCAGUUGAGGGCUAUUCAGAACAUGUUGGAAAUAAAACUACUAUAAGGAUGACUUAUCCAGAGGGCGCACCGCUGUCUGACCUUGACUAUUAUUCCAAUGACUUGUUUGUUGCUGUUUUAUUUAAGAGUGUUGACUUCAACUGGCUUCAAGCAAUGGUAAAAAAUGAAACCCUGCCAUUUUGGGUACGACUCUUCUUUUGGAAGCAGGUGGCAGAAAAAAUCCCACUACAGCCAAAGCACUUCAGGAUUUUGAAUCCAGUUAUCAUCAAGGAGACAGCCUUUGACAUCCUUCAGUACUCAGAGCCUCAGUCAAGGUUCUGGGGUCGAGAUAAGAAUGUUCCCACCAUUGGUGUCAUUGCUGUUGUCUUAGCCACACAUCUGUGCGACGAAGUCAGCUUGGCGGGCUUUGGAUAUGACCUCAGCCAACCGAAAACACCUUUGCACUAUUUUGACAAUCUUUGCAUGGCUGCUAUGAACUUUCAGACCAUGCACAAUGUUACAACAGAGACCAGCUUCCUCCUGAGGCUGGUCAAAGAGGGCGUGGUGAAGGAUCUCAGCGGGGGUAUCCACAGUGAAUUUUGAACACAAAAAAACCUCACUUGAAAAUGCAACUGACUUUGAAGGCUGUAUUUCACAGCCUUUUCGAUGCAUUUCAUUCUGCAAAUACUUUAAAGUGCAGCUAGUGUUUUUAACUUUUAAUUUAAAAAGCAAAAAAAAAAAAAAAAAAAGCCCAAACCAGUUUCGCUAUUCCCACCCUUUCCCCUUAUUUAUUUGAAUCAGUGAUUUUGCACAAAAAGUUUUGUAAGUUAAUCUUGAGAAUUGAAUUGGAAAGGCUUCUCAAAGAAAAUUGUAUGUCAUGGUUUUUACUAUAUUACAAGAAAGCUAUUUAAUUUGUAAAGACUAUCCAUGUCUACUGCCCACAGAGUAUCAGGUCGUUACGUGGAAGGAGACCGACGUCAGUCCUUCGAUGACAGCCCCGAGUGCCUGGUUCUGGUUCUCUGACUGUUUCACGCUAGAGGCACUAGCAGGACUACAGCUCAGUAGUGAAAUCACUGAUACACCUUCGCUGUGCUGCUGCAGGGGGCCUGGGUGGGAGCAGUUCAUGCCCCCGCUCUGGCCUGUCUGCUUUCAGGAAAACAGCCAGGGGAACUGGAGAUCUAGUCACAGAGAGACACAGAAGACAUUGCCUGUGACCGCGGAAUACUGUGAAGCCCCCUGCGCUGCAGAGAUAUUGUCUUCCUUGCAGCUGUGACAAUGCUGGAAUUCUUGAGCGUUUUUGACUCCUAUUCCAAAGUACUUAAAUGUUCAUCUAAGGUGUUCCACUGCCCAUCUAAGGUGGCUUAUAAAAGUUAGGACAAAAACCUCUUGUUAUCCAGAGCCCAGAGAAAUAAACCUAUCCAAAAAUAAUUGUGUUUUCUGAAA